AUGAGAAACCGAGUAGAAGAAAAGUUCCUAGAGUUCUACGAUAAUUGGGUUAUUCAACUUGAGCAAUAUCUUCACCAACUCUUGAAUGCUCGUAACAACAACACUAUGACUGAGAUCGAGCUUCGAGCUUUGAUCUCGAAGCUAACCACACAUCACAAAGCAUAUUACAUAGCUAAAUGGGCAGCCAUAGGAGAAGACGUCUUAGCUUUCUUUGGACCGGUUUGGCUAAACCCGUUAGAGAAAGCUUGCUUUUGGUUAACCGGAUGGAAACCUUCGACGGCGUUUCGGAUGCUAGAGAGACUGAGGAAGUCUUGGAGUCCGACGGUGGUGCUUUUGGAGGCUCAGGUGACCAAGUUGGAGGAGCUGAGAUUUAAGACUAAGUUCGAGGAGCAAAAAAUUGAGAGAGAAAUGGAACGGUAUCAGGUUAGUAUGGGUGAUCGGAAGAUGGUUGAGAUAGCGAGGCUUGGAUGUCACGUAGGAGGAGAAUCUGUGGUGGUGGUCGAGGCAGCAGUGAAGGGAUUGGCGACGGGGCUCGAGAAGAUGGUGAAGGCGGCGGAUUGUGUGCGGCUGAAAACGCUUAAAGGUAUUUUAGACAUUUUAGCUCCACCGCAGUGCGUUGAGUUUCUGGCAGCGGCGGCUGCAUUUCAGGUUCAGUUACGUCGGUGGGGAAACCAAAGACAUCAUGUCACUCACUCCUAUGGUUACUGACACAUACUUCAGGAUCGUGUUUCGUCUUUUGUGUCAUGUGUUCUUUUUUUCGUAUUUACGAAAAACAUCAGUGAGAAAAAGUUAACUUCCAUCAACAAUAGAAUGUAACUUCUUGGUAUGAAAUAUAUAAAAUGUGAAGUUGCUAAGUUUUA